AAGGGUAUCCGCAUGCUGCACACCGCCUGAUACUAACAAAACCAUGUCAUUGUCAGCUGCAAAUUCCAGGUCUCUCCACGUUUUUCUACACGUUUCUCCGGUCACCAUGCUCACAGCGUAAAAUACAAUUGAAGGCUGCCCGACCGAUACAAUGGGGGUUUGUACUUCAUCAAGGACGGGAUAAACUCAAAACUACAAGUUGCCUUUACUCCAACAGCUUAGAAAUCCAUGCCCCUUUCUUUGACGAAGAACUGAGGCGAUAGAGAGGGGAGAGGAAAAAAUUGGAAAUAUAUAGCUAGACUCUUCGGAUUUUGUAGUUUGAUGAUCUAAAGCUAUGGAGCGUUACGAGAUUAUUAAAGAUAUUGGAUCUGGGAAUUUCGGGGUUGCCAGGCUUGUUUCGGAUAAGCGCACUAGAGAACUCUUUGCUGUUAAGUUUAUUGAGAGAGGCCAGAAGAUUGAUGAACAUGUGCAAAGGGAAAUUAUGAACCAUAGAUCAUUGAUGCAUCCCAAUAUAGUUAGAUUCAAGGAGGUCUUGCUGACACCAACUCAUCUAGCGAUAGUCAUGGAGUAUGCUGCAGGAGGAGAACUCUUUGGGAGGAUAUGCAAUGCUGGUAGAUUCAGUGAGGAUGAGGCAAGAUUUUUCUUCCAACAACUGAUAUCUGGAGUCAGUUACUGCCAUUCAAUGCGAAUUUGUCAUAGAGAUCUUAAGCUGGAAAAUACACUCUUAGAUGGAAGUACAGCACCACGUGUCAAAAUAUGUGAUUUUGGAUACUCAAAGUCAUCUGUGCUGCACUCUCAACCAAAAUCUACUGUUGGAACACCAGCCUACAUUGCACCUGAGGUCCUGUCUAGAAAAGAAUAUGAUGGGAAGCUCUCAGAUGUUUGGUCCUGUGGGGUCACUUUAUAUGUGAUGCUGGUUGGGGCGUAUCCCUUUGAAGAUCCUGAUGAUCCCAGAAACUUCAGGAAGACAAUUGGUAGAAUACUUAGCGUCCACUACUCAAUUCCAGAUUAUGUCAGAGUGUCCAUUGAGUGUAGACAUCUGCUAUCUCGAGUUUUUGUGGCAAACCCAGAUAAGAGAAUAACAAUCCCGGAAAUUAAGACACAUCCGUGGUUCUUAAAGAACUUGCCUAUAGAAAUGAUGGAUGGAGGAAGCUGGCAGAAAAAUGAUGUAAAUAACCCAUCCCAAAGUGUAGAAGAGAUACUAUCCAUAAUACAAGAGGCAAGGAAAACUACCGGAUUGCGCAAGGCGGGUGGGCCUUUUAUGGAAGGCAGCAUGGAUCUUGAUGACAUUGACGCUGAUGAAGAUAUAGAAACUAGUGGUGAUUUUGUGUGUCCAUUGUAAACAAUUUAUACAAAUCAAAAGAUAUAGAAAGUGGCGAUGAUUUUGCGUGUUCAUUUUAAACAAUUUAUACGAACAUAUUCCACCUUGCUGAGGCAGUGCGUCCAUGGUCAGAGGCAUCGAUUAUCAGAUUUUUGUUAAGUUGGGGGAAUCCGUUUGUCUGCUUACAUGUUCCUUGUGUGUAACGAAGCUAAAUAAGUCCAAAUUGUUUCUGCUUGGGGAAUUAUGUGGAAUAUCUUAUAAUUGUAACAU